GGUAUCACAUGAUAUCUACCCCUGGUACUAGUAUCACCCGUAUUCCUACUACAGCUGUGCUCACUCGUAGACUCGUAGUACUACUUGUUUUGUCUUUUACCUGGCAAAAUAUCGGCGAACAAGAUAUAAAUCCAUGAUAUGUCGUAGUAUAUCCGUUUUGCCGCCUUAAAAACCGCUCCUCCAGUUCACUCCAAAGCCAUCGAAACCUCCACCAACUCUGACGCACGUUGAUUGAGCGAGAGCCACUUGGAUCACCAUGACCGCCACCUCGCGGCCACAGCAUCCCAACGGGAGCCUAGCCCCGGCCUCCGACGGCGGCGAGUCCUUCGCCAAGUUCUUCGAGUGCUGGAUCUUGGAGCAGUCCCGUGACCUGGCCGCGCUCCGCGCCGCGGCCACGGCGCGGCCCGACGACGCUGACCUCCGGCGCCUCGUCGAUCGUGUCCUCGGCCACUACGAGCACUACUACCGCGCCAAGUCCGCGGCCGCCUCCGCCGAUGUGCUCCCCAUGUUCGCGCCCUCGUGGAUCUCCGCCACCGAGAGCCUCUACCUCUGGUGCGGCGGCUGGCGCCCCACUUCCGCGAUCCAGCUGCUCUACUCCAAGUCCGGCCUGCAGCUCGAGGCCCAGCUCCCGGCCUUCCUCGACGGCGGCAGCCUCGGGGACGGUGACCUGGGCGGCCUCUCCGCGGAGCAGCUCCAGGCCGCCGACCAGCUGCAGCGCCGCACCAUCCGGAGGGAACGGGAGAUCGAGGAGGCCGCCGCCGGCGCGCAGGAGUCGUUGGCGACGACGAAGAUGGUGGAGCUCGCCGGAAAGGGAGGGAUGGACGCGGCGGAGGGGAUGGAGCUGGAGAUGGAUGCCAAGGCGGAGGCGAUGAAGCGCGUGCUGGAGAUGGCGGACGGGCUGAGGCUGGAGACGCUGCGCGGCGUGGUGGGGCUGCUCCGGCCUGCCCAGGCCGUGCACUUCCUCGUGGCCGCCGCGGAGCUCCACCUCGCCGUGCACAAGUUCGGCCGGCGCAAGGACGGCGCCGCGGCGGCGGAGUGAGCCUGCAGGCUGCUGGUGGCGCGCGCAAGUGGUUGCUCUGCUCCGCGCAACGCUCGUCGUCUAGCUAGCUCCGAGCUGCCUUCGUUUUGCCUGGUCAACGCGAGGUGUCGCGAUAAGCUUUGACCGUGAUCCCCUUCUGUUUGGUCAGCAUGUGCGUUCUGCCAUUGUGUGAAACCUGUGGUAACUUGUACGAAGUGGGCUAGCUACUUGUGUAUGUAUAAUGCACAAGCUCAUGCCAUGGUGGUUUAGCUACUUGUAUGUAUGUGUAAUGCAUUAUUAUGGAAAA